AUGUACACGCGGACACUGCACUGCGCGAUCCGCCGGCCAUUGACCAUCCCCACGACCACCCCACCCCUUGGUCGAAACCCGGCCCGCGCCUUCACCCCCUCGCCCCGCCCACCCGCAGCCCAAAAUAUGCCGUCCGCGCCCAAGAUCACCAAGACCGAAGCCCUCCCCGCGGCGGAAGCGAAAUGGAUCGAGUUCCAGAAGAUCACCUGGAGCGAUCAAACGGGGCGGCGGCGCGUCUGGGAAGCCGCGAACCGCAAGACGCGCGGCACCGCUGGCGUCGACGCCGUCGCCGUCACGGCCGUCAUCCGCCACCCGAGCCGCAGGCCCAGCACAAUCAUCAUCCUGCAGUACCGCCCGCCCGUGGACGCGGUGUGUGUCGAGCUGCCCGCGGGCUUGGUGGACGAGAAGGAGUCGCCGAGCGAGGCGAGCGUGCGGGAACUGCACGAGGAGACGGGGUAUAAAGGGAAGCUUACGUUUAUCAGUCCCACGAUUGUUAGUGAUCCCGGCUUGAGCAGUGCGAAUAUGCAGUUGGCGACUGUGGAGGUCGAUUUGAAAGAGGGGGAUGCGGAGCCCGAGCAGGCGCUGGACGAUGGAGAGUUUAUUGAGAGGGUGGUCGUCCCGCUCGACGAGCUGUAUGAGAGGCUUGUGCAGUAUGACAAGGAGGGUAAGACGGUGGAUGCCAGGCUGUGGCAUUGGGCCGCAGGCAUGCACUUUGCGAAGACGAUGCUGUAG